CCGGCCUCCCGCGGGCGCGCGGCACUCGGGCACCCGGCUCGCUCCGAGCCACAGCCGCGAGCCCGCCCGGCAGCCGAGGCCAUGGGCUGCGACGGCCGCGUGUCGGAGCUGCUCCGCCGCAACCUGCAGCCCACGCUCACCUACUGGAGCGUCUUCUUCAGCUUCGGCCUGUGCAUCGCCUUCCUGGGGCCCACGCUGCUGGACCUGCGCUGCCAGACGCACAGCUCCCUGCCCCAGAUCUCCUGGGUCUUCUUCUCGCAGCAGCUCUGCCUCCUGCUGGGCAGCGCCCUCGGGGGCGUCUUCAAGAGGACCCUGGCCCAGUCCUUAUGGGCCCUCUUCACCUCUACCCUGGCCAUCUCUCUGGUGUUUGUCGUCAUCCCCUUCUGCCGAGAUGUGAAGGUGCUGGCCUCKGUCAUGGCGCUGGCGGGCUUGGCCAUGGGCUGCAUUGACACAGUGGCCAACAUGCAGCUGGUGAGGAUGUACCAGAAGGACUCGGCCGUCUUCCUCCAGGUGCUCCAUUUCUUUGUGGGCUUUGGUGCUCUGCUGAGCCCCCUGAUCGCAGACCCCUUCCUGUCUGAGGCCAACUGCUUUCCUGCCAAUAGCACAGCAAACACCACCACCAGAAGCCACCUGUUCCACGCCUCCCAGAUCCUGGGCCUGCACCAUGCAAAAGCCCAGCUUGGGUCCAACCAGACSGUCCCUGGGCUGCCCCCGAAGGGCGGGACUGAGGUCCGAGUGUCCUACGCCUUCUGGAUCAUGGCCCUUAUCAAUCUUCCAGUGCCCAUGGCAGUGCUGUUUCUGCUGUCCAAGGAGCGGCUGCUGACCUGCUUCUCUCAGAGGAAGCCCUUGCUCCUUCCUGCAGACGAGCUGGCCCUGGAGACUCGGCCUCCAGAGAAGGAAGAUGCCUCCUCACUACCCCCGAAGUUUCACCCACACUCAGGGCACGAGGACCUGUUCAGCUGCUGCCAACGGAAGAACUGCCGAGGAGCCCCUUAUUCUUUCUUUGCCAUCCAUGUCACAGCAGCCCUGGUCCUGUUCAUGACGGAUGGGAUGACGGGGGCAUACUCAGCCUUCGURUAUAGCUAUGCAGUGGAGAAGCCGCUGUCUGUGGGACACAAGGUGGCAGGUUACCUCCCCAGCCUCUUCUGGGGCUUCAUUACCCUGGGCCGGCUCAUCUCCAUUCCCAUCUCGUCAAGAAUGAGGCCAGUCACCAUGGUUUUCACCAAUGUGAUAGGCGUGGUGGUGACUUUCCUCGUGCUGCUUAUUUUCUCCUCCAACGUCAUUUUCCUGUUCGUGGGGACAGCGAGCCUGGGCCUGUUCCUCAGCAGCACCUUCCCGAGCAUGCUGGCCUACACCGAGGACAUCCUCCAGUACAAAGGCUGUGCGACCACAGUGCUGGUGACAGGGGCAGGGAUUGGCGAGAUGGUCCUGCAGAUGCUGGUUGGUUUGAUAUUCCAGGCCCAGGGCAGCUAUAGUUUCCUGGUCUGCGGCGUGAUCUUUGGCUGCUUGGCUUUUACCUUCUAUGUCUUGCUCCUGUUUUUCCACAGGAUGCACCCUGAACUCUCAUCAGAUUCUACCCCAGACCGACCGCUUGGAAUGGAGAACUCUGAUUACUACCAGAGGUGAAACCGGGGGCCGGAGGCAGGCGAGGCUCCAGCCUCCUGAGCACCAACGCACCUGGACUGUGGAAGGCAGCCGAGGGUCGAAGUGGAGUGGCCUCUUCUCAAAGCCUUUGCUCUAAUCUUUUCCACUUGGACUCGGUUGGGCAGAAAAAAUUAAAUUGAGUCCCCAUUAAAUUUGCCUGGGGUCCUCCUCUGGCAAAUCAUUGGAUUUUCCUGGUGAUUCCAGUUACCUUCUCUUCCCCAGUUCAGACUCAGGUAGGGCCGUCCAGGAUACUGAGACAGGAAGGCAGAAGACAGCUGUGCACGUCACUUUGUCACUUUGUGCAUAGACCAUACCCUGGGUUUGAGGUCACUCUUAGAUGAAGUUUGAAAAACUAGGUUGACAUGGUAAAGCAUGUUGAUCGUUGCUCUUUAUGGAUGUUUUCAAUGGAUCAAAACCAACCCUGUUAUUCCCUGGCAUGUUCAAAAAGGACUGAUGUGCUUUUUACUUAAUCAUGGUCCCAAGUUCUUCCCAUUCCUGCCGCAGAGAUCAAUGGUUCAUAUGUAUUCUAAGACUCAGAAGGAGAAGUUGAAUUGUGUUCUCUUUGGGACACUGAUUCAGUGGUAUGCUGGGCUUGCUCACACCAGCUUAGAAAAGCUGAUCAGGUAAUAAAUAAUCAAAACUUACCACUGCCUAAUUUUAUUCUAUGGAGGCUCUUGAGAUCAUUCUGUCUGUAUUAUAGGGGUGGAGAGGUUACCAGGUGAUAAAGUGCUGCUGGGCAUCUCUUCCCAACUCCACCAUGUUGGCAGCUUGUGAUCAAUUAUGGUGGAAGUAUGUAUACCACUAGCAACUGGCAAAAGUUACAAAUUAGAGCUUUCCCCCACCCUGGGGAGCCAGUAGUUAAAUAUUUACCAGCAUACCACUGCUAGUAAGCAAUGCUAAUUGGUCCAGAAAUUCCCUGGGAGAAAGAGAUGGCCUGUUUUUCUUUUCUGUUUUUCUUUACUGGGAUGACAAGCAUGUAAAAAGGUAUAAAAACAGCACUAAGAAUUUCCAAAAAUAUUUCACUUAAAUUUUACAUUUUUUUUUUUUGUAGAGGAAAAAACCUUUUAUACUAUGUCAAGGUCUUUUCUCUAACAAAUAAGCUGGGACUGCUGAAAAAUUCUAGCCUCACAGUGUUCAGAAAGCAGUGUCUUAUCAAGGAAUUAGGAGUCCUAGGAAGGGGAGAGGCGGUAACAUAAAGUGAGAAUAUGAACUCUUCAACUCAGACAGGGCUAAGAGUACUGUGGCUUCUAGAAGUAUAAAAUAGCUGUUACAAGAACUGGUUUGCCUGUAUUUUCUUGAUGUAUAUACAAAUGUACAUGUAUAAAUAUAAAAAUCCCAAGGGCUGUAGUUCACAUGCCUGACACUGAAAGGUUUUUCCUGGAUCUGCAGGUGUUGACAAGUUAGCCAGCUCUGACUACUAUCAACCGCACAGCCAUGAGAUUGUGGCUGGAGAGAGAUCUGGGCCGAGCACUGGCCUCCCUUCCAGCUGUGUGACCCUGGGUGGAUCACAGAGGCUGUUCCAACCUCACUUUUUUUUAACCAGUAAAGUGGAAUUUCUAAAAGUACCCUACCUCACA